CUCCUUAAAUUCUCUUGGAUUUAAUUUGAGAGAGUCGAAAUCGUCUUCUUGACUCCUGAUGAAUCUUGAAUUUGAGAUACGAAUGUGAUGUCUGCUAAACAUUGUUAAAGACGAGGAGAGUGUCGAUGGAUAUUGAUAAACUACCCUGACUUCAGUAGAGAUAGAUCAAAGCCAAGAUUCAAGUUUCAGUAUUAUAAUGGCCUCUGCAGUUAUUUGUAAAUUGUACUCAGAGUCGUUUGUGAGAAGGACUACAGUAGUAGCAAGCUUGGCUUGAGGCAUGCAGCUGCCUUUUUAGAGGACUCGACUUCUCAACUGGUGGAGGAUCGUUGGGGACUUGUGGCAGGCCCCAAACCUUGCCCACGGUAACAACGAUGAGAAAAAUGCUGCCUGGUGUGGGAGUGUUUGGCAAUACUCCAGCCAUGAGAUGCUACAUUCCCAUGCUCAAGUCGUGCGGCCUGGAGGUGGUGGCCCUGUGGGCGCGCACUACGGCCGAGGCACAGGAGAUGUCGGAGGACCUGGACAUCAGCACUUUCACCACAGACGUCGACAAGGUUCUCCUGCACAAGGACGUUGACCUGGUGGUCAUCAGCUGUUCUCCACACCUCCAGGCUCACAUCGCCGCCAAGGCUUUGGGCAUCGGGAAACACGUCCUGUGCAGUCCUCCAUCUGGCCCGCGGAGCCACGACACGCUGCCGAUGGUACACGCCUCGCGCUACUACCCGCGACUCAUGUCGCUCAUGUGUAACGGCCUACGCUUCCUGCCGUCCGUGGUAAAAAUGAGGUCGCUGGUGAAAGACGGUUUCCUGGGGGAGCCUACGAUUUGUGAGGUCAAAGUGCAUUACGGGCAGCGAUUGAGGACGACUUUUGAUUGGAUGUGCGACGAGAUGAUGGGUGGGGGCGCGCUGAACAUGUACGGCGGGAUGAUCGUGGAUCUGCUGAGUCAUGUGACAGGGCAGCGAGCCACGCGGGUGCAAGGGAUGCUCAAAACGUACACCAAGCAGACGGAGCACAUUAAGGGUAUACGGGAAAUCACCAGCGACGAUUUCUGCUCGUUUCAGAUGGAGCUGGACGGAGGUGCUUGCGCGACGGUGACCUUGAACGGGCAUGUGCCGGGUCAGUUUGUCCAAGAGGUCAUCAUCGUCGGUACGAAAGGGCGGCUCGUUCUCAAGGGGGCAGACCUCUACGGCCAAAAGCACGAUCGCGUCAAAGAGGAGCUCCUCCACUUCGACCCGGUCAACUACAAGGACAUUGACUCUCUGGGCAUCAGCGAGAAGGUUCGCGGGGACAUCCCCGUGGCCUACAUGAAAGGCGUCAUCCGCAUGAUGGAGUCGGUGCGCGAUGCCUUCCAGCAGGUGGAGGAGAGGCAAGGAUGGAGCGGGGGCCCUCUCGAGGCUGCCGCGACCUUUGAGGACUGCUUCUACGUGCAGACGGUGCUGGACACGGUGCGGGCCGCCAGCAAGUCGCGGCAGUCGAUGAAGGUCACCAUGACGGACAGCCAGCCGGAACCGAACCCCUUCCUGUCGACGGCCAUGCGGCGCAGCACUUUCUCUCUACACUAGCUCAUGUUUUGUGGAAGAUUGUGUAGAUAUUUGAUGGGCUCCACGGAAAAAACUGAUGGGUCCAAAAUUCUCGAAUUGAGAAAAAUUUAGGAAGUAUUAUUCAUAGGAUAGGGUAAAUUAAGAUAAGUCUUUAUUGUCCAGAUGCAGGCACAUUGGUUUGGUGUUUCACCACACAUAUUAUACAUGCACGCACACUCACAC